AGGCAUGUGUUGCUUCGCUGGCAACUUCCACCCGGGCGAGUUUCGGUCAGGUGCUCGGGAGUCGCUUGUCCGCAUAUUUUGCGUGCUCCACAUUUUUAAGAAGACGAUCGGCGAUCAGCACAACCUCAGAACGCUAAAAAAUGUCUUGGUUGUUGGGCCGAAGUUUGUGCCGCUUGCAGCAGUGGUUGGGGAGCUGCCGCGGUGUGUAGUCGCAGGAGGAGCACACCAACACUGACUGAGACAAUGGCCCACUCAGCAAACAAGGCGGAUGUAAAUUUAAGAGAACAAGACAACAAGCAUUGUCAUCAUGAACAUUAUAGUAAGCAUUCCAAUCCUCGCAAAAGUCACGGCGACGGCAGCAGAAACACCAGAGGAAGAGAUUACUCGCAACAGAAUAGCGAUCCACAUAGAGAUGUGAGGAGGGGAAUGCCAGAAGGGAAAAGAUCUCAAGUUCGAGAUGUCCACAAUCGUGGAGAUCGUACAAGGGAAGACAAGCAGAGAAUGGAAAGGGAAUACCACAAAAGGAAGAAUCGAAGCCAUCCCUCCAAAUGUGACCGAGAAGAUUAUUUACAAACACAUGAAGACAUAUCGCACAGUAACCAGCAGCCAAAUUACAAAACUGAAAAAGAGAUUCCUUUACCACAUGAUGGUCGAGAUUUCUACGGAUAUAAAUAUUAUGCUGAAACUUUACCAUCUGAAUAUGUAAUAACUGAAGGUAAAAUAUCUAUGCAUGAAUUUAAGCAUGAAGAUUCAGGAGAAAUUUCAAACCGUUCCAGCUGUCUUUACCUCUGCACAAAUCGAGGUAUAGUACAGAUGCUGGAGGCCGUGUUAAACCUGCUGGUGUUGGUGUGUGUGGUGGCAUCAUAUGUCGUUCUCUCGGGAUACAGCAGCAAUGGCGGACUGGCAACAAGCUUCUUCAGCAUCAACAGCAAUUAUUCUCCACUUGAAGGGGAACAACUAAAGGAUGUACAGAAACUUGAUCGAGAGUUUAUUUUAAUGCGAGCACCUGGACUCUACUCUGGCAUUGGAGUGACCAUCGCCAUGUUUGCCAUUACUCUGGCCAUUAUGAUUAAGGGCGCUCAGAAUUUACAUACUAUGCCCUUGAAGUGGUUGAUUUUUGAAGUAAUAUUCAAUAUACUGGCUUCUCUGGGUUAUGCAGCAGCAGUUGGUGUUUACUUGUAUUUUGUCCUGCAGGUUAAUGGCACCGACAUUUGCAAGAGGAGGGAGCGCGUUUAUGCACGAUAUGGUCUGAACUGGAUGAAUUGUGACUUGUCUGGAUCCGAUGCUGCCGCAGCCUGUUUUGCCAUAAUCCUUGUCAUAUGUCAUUGUGUGAGUGCUAUACUGGCUGCAAAAUUAUGCCGAACAGUCAGAGAACUAAACAAAAACACCCCACAUUCUUAAAAUAAUAUUAUGUAUUAAUUCUAUCGUAAGGUGCAGCAUAAUAUGCAGUGGUAUACAGAACACAAACAUUAGAUCCUAAAUUAAAAUAAAAUUAUUAGCUGGAUAUGGAAGAGGAACUAUAUCUAAUUUUGUACUGAGAGAAAACUUGUAGACUUAAUCAGUACAUUUUACUGCUUAUGAAGGAAAUUAAAUUUAAAAAAAGUUCAAAGCCUAUUUACAGCAUUAAUAUUCCUUCCUCCCAGGGUUUUGUUUCAAUUCCAAUUGGUAUUCUAAUGAUGAAUGUAUUUUUUUAAUUCAAAGGUUAAUUAUUUUCAGAUUAGCUAUUAGAUAAUGGGUGACCAAAAAACCCCCCUCAAAAUGCAUCCACGGUAUUGAUUGUGUUCAAUCAACCGUGUGAACCUCUGUUACCAACUCAAAGUUGUUUAUGUUAUCAAUCACCAAAUCAUCUUCUUCUAUCUGCACUGCAUGGCCCCCUUCACUAAGAUCCUCACAACAUUAUUAAAAUCAGCAGCGUUUGACGACACUGGGCCUGUAUUUGCUGGAGUUUCUUUAGUCAGAGGGUGGUGUAUCUGUGGAAUUAAUUGCCACAUAAGGCUGUGGAGGCCAAGUCAAUGGAUAUUUUUAA